AUGACGCUCAACAAAACCUACCCACAAGCUCCUCGCUCAGACACAAAGGAGCCCUUCCAAAGCGCCAACAACGGUAGUGUCGAAGUCGCAAAUCCAUACGACUGGCUGCAGAAUCUGGAUAGCCCAGAGACCAAGGCUUUCGUCGAAGUACAAAAUGCCGCUUUCCAAGACUUCCUGCCGGAUACGGACCCAGCUAUUCUCGGAGCCAAGCAGAAACUUGGCGGCAUUCUGAUGAAUACCUACUCCGACUACUUUGUGACCAGCGCUCCCAAAUUUGUCGGAGACAGCGUAUUUCUCCGAAUCUUGGGAAGGGGCAAACCGUUCGGCGUGACGUAUCGCUGGUCAAAGCAUGACUUUCUCCAAGGCUCGGCCUUGAGUGGAGAAGAAGUUGUCGCAGAGCCAGCAGUAUUCCAUGACGAGGCUUGGACCGGGAACGCCAUAAUCUCAUCGGCCUUCAGCCAAGGCGGAAAAUACUGGGCAUACAACGAAGCUGUAUCAGGUUCGGAUUGGGGCAUCAUUCGAGUGAGAUCAGUCGACAACUCGAGUUUGCUUCCUGAGGAGAUCCAUGACUCCAAAUUCAAUACCAAGCCGGGGCCUGCUUUUGCUUGGCUUGGUGACUUGGGUUUCUUCUACCAAUACUGGCUUUCGGCCCAAGAGACGAAAGAUGGGAAGAGAAGACCGCAAUUGAGAUUCCAUCGAUUGGGGAGUCCGCAGUCUGCUGACGAGGUGGUGUAUGAGGAUGAAGAUCAUCCAGAGUGCACUUUGCGAGCGUUGGUGAACGAAUCCGGAUCUGUGAUUGUGCUGGAAAUCUUUGGUGCUACGGCGACGUCCAAAAUCAAAGUGGCGGAGACUGGAUCCGACAGCAAGUCGUUUUCAGCAUUGCAGUGGAAGUCUUUGUGCGAUGACUUUACUUCUGAAUGGGAAUACCUCGGAGAGGAUCACCAGACAAAGCUGCACGUGUUCUGGACGAACGCGGACAAUGGAAAGAUUGUAGGAGCCAAUAUCAAACAAUCCGCUGAUCUGAAAGUCGUUGUACCAUCAGCCGAAGACGAGGUUCUUAAGAGUGCGAAAAUGCUUUCUGAUGGCACCGUACUAGCAGUGCGCUCGAUUGAUGUCGAGGAUGAGCUGCAAACAUACGAUGUGGCGGGGCAGCGAACAGGGACCAUAGAAACACCUGCCAAGACAAUCGUGGACAUCUCCUACGAUGCGGACAAGAAGACGCUACUCGUGAUGGAGUCGUCGUUUUGCUAUGCUCCUCGACUAUGGAGUGCUCAAAGAACUGCGUCGAGCUCGAAGAGCAGUGAGAAGCCGCUGAGGCUCUUCAGUACGCCGGCGUCGACAUCGUCGAAUUCGACGAUAAGAUCGAAGCGCUUCUUCUACAACUCGGCAGAUGGUACUCGCGUUCCACUAUUUGUGACCUCUGACGAAGCCGUGGAAAUCACUGCGAAGACACCUGUGUUGCUAUACAUCUACGGCGGAUUUGGCAUUUCGCUGAUCCCUCACUUUCGCCCAGAGUUCUUAGCAUUCAUCCGUGGCUUCCGUGGUAUCCUUGCGACAGCCAACAUCCGCGGAGGGAGCGAGUACGGGAGGAAAUGGUACGAGGCAGCUUGUAAGGACAAGCGGCAGACCCUGUUCAACGACAUCAUCGGUGCAGCGAAGUACAUUCGGUCUCACGUGACGGGACUAUCAGGGAGUCCUGUGAUCCUGAUGGGUGAGAGUAUGGGCGCGUUGAACAGCUGCUCUGUCAUGGUCCAGCAGCCGAAUCUACUGAGCGGGGUGAUCUUGAACGCCGGUGCUUUUGACAUACUGCAUCGUAAGGAGAUGGGCAUUCGUGGACGAGGAGCGGAAGACAUCGGCGAUCCUUACGACCCGGUGCAAUUCGACUUUAUCCGGAGAUGGGAGCCUAUGCACAACCUGAAGAAUGGGCAAAGGUAUCCUCCAGUGUUGCUUACGGCUGGCAAUCAAGAUGAUCUGGUCAGCAUGGCACAUAGCCUGAAGACGACGGCGGCCUUGCAACAUGCCGGCCAAGGUGUGACUGGGGCCGGAAUUGAAUCGCAAAUAUCACAGCCACAUAACGGACGACCGACGAGAGCCUGGAAUACGCAAACGAUAACCGACAGCACGUUGCAGGACCUUGUUCGAUUCUUUGCGAAAAAGUUGAUAUACUUUGUACCAAUCCUGGACACCACUGACCUUGACGACAUUACCACCGUGGUCUCUCACAAACGACCACUAGCUCUCUGCGCAAGCCUUGUUGCAUCGAUGUUCGUUCCUGGAGGCGCAAGUGUGCGACCCAUGCUCAUUCCGCGCGUGGGGGAGUUCCUAGAAAAACUUGAAGGACCGACCGAAGCGGACGACGAUACCGUCUGGAUGCAGCUACAGGCAUACGCUAUUCUAUAUGCGUAUCGACCCUCUACCGAUGUCUCAAAUCCCUCGCUGGAAAAUGACAGCGAUAGACGCCUCAACCAUUGGAGAUUAAAAUCCGCCAUCGAAGAUUUUGCCAUGCGUCUAAUUCUCCAUCGUGCUCUUGACGAGGUCAAGUUACAGGUCAGGGAAGGCACAGAGAACAUCAGCGAAGGCUAUGCUUUCCGCAAGGCAACCUACUGGCUGUGGUUGUUCACGAUGAGUCACCACUUCGCUCUUGUGACUGAGACGCCACCCACAAUCAGACAAGAUAACAGCAUCAAAUCGGCUUGCUCGUUGCUCAGUCAUGUUUCGAAGCCUCCACGCGUGACCAGGAUGCUGGCCGAGGUAGACCUCUGCAUGCUUUGGAACCUGGCGGAUCUUUCUCUUCCAGGGCUGGCCGAGUGGUGGUGCGCACCCCCUGAGGAUCUGGACCCUGAAGAGGCCACCAGAGUACUGGAUGAUGCUGACGCUGCUCUCGAUGUAUGGAGCCGCCGUUGGGGGCUCCAUGGCGAGACGGACGCAACUUACCCUGGCCUUGACACAAACAACGGGGCAGUCGACUAUCAUUUCCGAGCGACGAGAUUCUGGCUUCGCACAUUUGCAACUCGAAUAGUCCAUCACCAGCACCAAUGGAAUUCAAAUCCGACCCUGAAUGUCAAUUUGACGCUCAAAUCCGCAGAAGCCGCAGAAUCGUGUUGUCGCUUCCUUUCGGACAUCCCGCCGCUGACGAGGGACAGUGCACGAUAUAUGAGUGACUUUGGUUGGGCACUUCUGGCUUUCUGCGGCAUUUAUAUAAUCCGGAUUUAUGAGCUUUUUGGCCGGACUCUCCCAGUACUGGAACAAUACAUGACCACGGUGGAAGCAUGUGCCAAGUUGCUCAUCGAAAUGGCGGUCGGGAGCAGCCAAAUGCCUCGCAUAUAUGGUGAACGGGUCCUGCACCGUUUCAAUGCUGUGAUGCAGCAGCAUGACUCCGUUGACACCGACGUUGGCAGUCAGGCUGGAGACGGUCAUGUCGACUUGCAAUGGGUUGACGACGUCUUUCAGCAGGCAUCAGCUCUGACCGGCUGA